GCCAAGAUGCCUUGAGGGAAUUUCGAAAAUGCAAAUGAGGCAAUCAUCUGUACGUUGAUUGGACCUCUUGGGUCACACAUUGCGCUCAAAAUGAAAAAAGGCUCCCGAUGACACAGCGGAUGGCAUUUGCGGAUAUCCGGAAGAGCAGUUUGACCACAUUGCUGAUGAUCCGGGCGUGCAUGCAGGGCUUAAACAGGGGUUUAGCACCUGGCUUGACCAGUCAUGGCAUCUCACGAGUUUACCUCGUCAAUUCCUCGAUGGCUGCGAUAACUCGGCACCAAGUGCGCCUGUCGGAUGGCGUGACCAUCUCCCUGUCCCUUCAUCCUCAUCCAGCGCCGUUACUUCCAGGACUCGUUAUACUUCUACACGGUCGCUUGCAUAAUUCAACUCGAGGUCCAUGUAGCGAGUUGUUUCCUAAAAUCUCAUAUUCAACCUUAACUUAUGAUGCUCGUGGAAUGGGUGAAAGUAGUGGAACCACUGGGUGGUGCAACAUUGAGCAAGAGGUGGAAGAUUUAAAGGAGAUUAUCAGUCAUAUCAAAAGCACAUUCAGCCCACCCCUUAAUCAAGUGAUCGCCAUCAUUGGGCACUCGAAAGGCGCAGCAGUUGGUUUUCGAUGGGCAUCCCUGAAGGAACUACACAAAGAUAUCAGUCAACCGCACCUGUACGACCAGGUUGAUCGACCACCACUUCUGAUUUCGCUGUCAGCUCGCUACGAUACCUCCGACGUUGGGCUUUCGCGUUUUAAUCAAGAACAGCAAGCGAAGUUGGAAAACGACGGAAAGUUCGUAUGGCUAAGCUAUCGAGCCGGCCGUGAUUUUACCGAGCGGAGAGAUUACGUUGUAACGCUAGAGGACGUCGAAAAGGCCAAGGGCGUCUCAUUAGAAUGCGUCAAAGAUGUCAGAGAGAACUCCCAAGUCGUCUUGUUUCAUGGCCGCGCAGAUGGGACGGUGGCCGUUCACCAUUCACAUAAGCUUGAUCAACAACUUCGAGACACCAACCCGAGCACAAGUGUCGAUUUGGUUUUAGUCGAAGGCGCAAAACAUAAUUGGGAUCAGGAUGGCGAAAUCGAGAUGCUGGUCGAGUGGAUUGACACAUGGAUCAAACGUCGAGCAGGGCGAGAUUCAACCAGGAUUCCUGCUGAUAAAAUCAUAGAUCACCUUGGCCCUCAGAGGUAGACUCGGAGGAUUCUUAUUCUCUUGACAGUUCAAUUUUUGGGUAGUUUUUGCACAGUCUCAACGAUAAUUGAAAAGAGAUUACUAGAAAUGUUUUUAGGUACCUGUGUCAACAAAAUGUAUUGAAAUGAUUGAAGUAUGAAAGCCGCAGCUUCGCCCGGGGUACCUGGCAAAAACACUUGAACUUUUGAAGUUGAUGGUCAAUGCGAGUUUGUUCAAAGGUUAAC